GAAAAAUAAAAAGUUUGUCACUCACACCCACUUGAGAAAAAAAGAUUCUUGAUCCCUUUGCCCAGAAAAAUACCAGUUUGAAGAACAUUUUUUUUUUCCUCUUUUUGGAAAUAAUAGUCUUGUAAAGCAUGCCAAAUUGGGAGCUGAAGCAUUGUUGCAAGCAUGAACAAGUCGUUUUUCUCGCCACUCUCGGCGUUUGUGCUGUCGUCAUUCUUGCCCUAUGGAGGACGGUGCUAUUACUACCUUUCAAGCUUGUUACCGUGUUUAUUCAUGAAGCUAGUCACGCUAUAGCUUGCAAACUUACUUGUGGCCAUGUUGAGGGGAUACAGGUUCAUGCUGACGAAGGUGGCACUACACAAACACGUGGAGGUGUAUAUUGGUUCAUCUUGCCAGCUGGAUAUCUUGGUUCAGCAUUCUGGGGAAUGGUUUUAGUGCUCGCAUCCACCAAGCUCCUUACAGCAAGAAUUGCAGCAGGAUGUUUAGUGGUCACUCUAAUUAUUGUUCUUUUUGUGGCUAAAAAUUGGACACUCCGGGGCCUUUGCAUUGGAUUUAUUGUCUUCCUUGCUAUUGUAUGGAUUCUGCAAGAAACAACAAAGAUUAAAAUUCUGCGGUACAUCAUUCUUUUCAUUGGUGUAAUGAACAGCUUAUUUUCUGUGUAUGAUAUAUACGAUGAUCUGAUAUCACGAAGAGUUAACCACAGUGAUGCUGAGAAAUUUGCUGAAGUGUGUCCCUGUCCUUGUACUGGUGUUGGCUGGGGAGUCAUCUGGGGACUCAUUUCUUUCUUGUUUCUCUGUGGAGCCACAUAUCUUGGUUUGGUGAUCUUGUCUUGAGGUACGCCUUGUUAGUUCAUUACAGGUAGUUCAAAUUGAACCUGCCUUUUUUCUGUCUGUGAAGCUGGAUACUUGUCACAACUCACAAAAUAAGGACGUCCAUUUAUACAACUUUCAAGAUCAUUCUUUUAGCCUUAUCUUCGUUGGCUUCUUACCAGUUAUGGAACUGUGAAUUAUUAUAGUGCAUUUGCCAAAUCAUUUAUGGAGGAGGAGAAUCAGAGAAACUGGAGCAUGCAUUUUUCCUUCUCAUAUACCGAAGGAUCUAAAGUAUCAUAUAUCUCCUCAUGAUUCGUCUGUCUUUAACAUUUUGAUGUUGCAUAUAUCAGUUUCAAAUAGUUUCUUGAUGGAAUUAAUAGCUUUCUAGUUUUGGAUAUUUUUGUAACUUUAAAUUUGUCAAAGUGAAAAUAAAAUCAUUCCUAUCGGUGCCUUCAUCUU